AUGGAUGAGCGAGAUGAGUGUCACUUGAUUAAUGAGAUGAAGACGAAUCGUGAGACAACACUUGGGGGUCUUACCACCUUCAUGUCUGACACCUUAGGGCAUCCCAUCUCCAACAAUGAGUCAAGGUUUAUGCUUUUCAGCAGAGAUGGCAAUACUAGAGUAUGGCGGUAUCCUCAAGAAAAAUACAGAGAAGAGUUCAUUAGACCAAGACUGCAGUGUGAUGGAGGCUCCAUUAUGGUUUGGGGCUGUUAUGCAUAUAUGGACUUAAUGAAAAGGAAGCUUCUUCCAUUUAUGGAAUCUCUUAGUGAGAACAAUGAUGGGGAGUUUAUCUACCAAGAAGAUAAUGCUUCUUGUCAUAAGUCUAAGGUUGCAGAAGAUUCAGAUCUCAGCCCCAUAGAGAAUUUAUGGGCAUAUCUUACUGGAAAAGUGAAGGCCAGAGUCCCCUCUCCAAAAAAUCUUAAUGAGCUGGAGAGGGCUAUUCAUAUAGAAUGA